AUGGCGCAAAUGGCAGACCCUCGAGAUCCUCAACGUGCUCAAUAUCCUCCUCCGGACAACCCGACCGCGGGUGAUUACUACUCUCAGCAAUCGCCUUCCCGGCCUCCUGUGAGAGACGACCGGAAUGCGCACCCUUAUCCUCCUCCACCAGACUCAGCCCGUCAAGGACAGUACGGGGACCCCCGAGCAGCCCAUGCCUACCCUCCCCCUCCCCAGGGUUGGCCCGGUCAUCAUAGUGCUUAUCCUCCGCCUCCUCACUAUCCGGAUCCUCAGCACCCUGCCUAUGCCUACCCCCCACGGCCUGAUCUGGCUCAACCGCCUCAACCUAUGCAACCGGAUGCAUAUCGUCUUCCACCACCGUAUCCUCCUCCAGGUUACUAUCCUCCGCAGCACUAUCCUCCGCCCCCGGCCGCGGCGCCCAGACAACGCACCGCCAUUGCCUGCAAGUAUUGCCGCAAGAGAAAAAUUCGCUGUUCCGGAUACGACAGUUCUCCUGAUGGACGCUGCCAGAACUGUGUCCGAUUCAACCAGCAGUGUCUGUUCCACCCUGUGUCUUCUCAAGCCGCCUUCGUUCCAGCCAACGCUGUCUACGGCCCUGGAGCGCGCGCCCCCGUCGCCGGCCAGUCCGACCGCUCGGGCCAAAAUGGGCAUUAUUCCAGGGAAGGAGAACCACCCAUGCUUUAUGGCGCCCACGGCCAGCCGUUAGGACCUCCAAGCCAGUACAAUUACCCACCGGCGCCGGCGGCCCCACCUCCGGCACAUGGUUAUCCUCCGGCACCCUACCCCCCCUAUCCCGGAAUGCCGUACCCUCCGCCAACUGGAUCGCCGUACGACGCACAGGGGCAGGCUCAACCUGCCCAGCAUGAUGAACGUGUCAGUCUCAAGCGUCCCCCUCCUGAUGAUGACCCGCACAAUGAGAAUUCUCAUACAUCCCAGUCUCCUCAUCCGGCCAGCCGAGCUCGACACAGCACAUAUGAUUCGCGCGCCAAUAGCAGUGGUAGCUACGAGUAUCAUGAUCCCAACGGCGCGGCUCCGACCUCGCCUGCGGUUUCGACCAUGAGCUAUCAAUCCUACCCUCCCCAGCAGCAGCCUCGAUACGCCAACGGCACCCAAUCUCAAAAGGGCAAUGCCUCACCACCCUCGGGCUUGACCCCGCAGUCUGCUCAAGGCUACAACUCGCCGCAUCAUGGGCCGAAUCACGACGACGGAAGAACUCCGCCUCCCAACCAACCCAACUCUGCAGGCUCGUCGGCCAACGGCAGAAGCGGCAUGAAAGUUCACGAAAUGCUGGGCAACCCUGCGGCAGGCCUGCCUGACCAACGGGGCAGGAGUGACAAUGAAAUGCUGAGCAAACUUGACGGCAAGAAAUAG